AUGGCACGGACGAGGAAAUUUUUCCGCUUGAAGAAUUCAUCGAAAGAUUCCGGGUUGAGCUUUCACUGUUGCGGUAAACCGGAUGAUCUUCUUGAUGAGCCCCUAGAUUUCGCCAACGCCAAACGACUGCCACGGGGGCAGGUUGGACUGACCAACUCGGAACCAAAGAUUAGUGAAAGACACUUUGAUUCUAUGCUUGUGGCUACACUCUGUAAUGAGCAUCGAUUGAUGAAAGAGAGAAGAAGCAGUGAGGCAAUCACAUCUGACUCCGGUCCAUCAGGCAGUUGGCCCCUCCAAUCUCUUCUCUUCCGGUCAACCGCUUCCAGCCCCAACCUGAAGCGAAGGUCACGAGUUCAGCGAACGAAGCUAUGGGCUAAAAAGUACAUCGAUCCCCACAUCAAUGAUAAAGCAUUGGCUCACGAGGAAAUGAAGUGUUCAACACGCCAGGACGUAGUCAAGCCCCAGGCGGAUGCUGCUUCGGAGGAAAAUCUCCACCCCAAACUCCGAUCAGCGCGGAGCAUGCCCUUGUUAAAUGAUCCUGGUCUCUCCACUAUGCCACCGAGCCAUCGACGUCGAUCAAAGUGUUUAUCUUCAUUCUCCUUUUCAGGCCUAGACGCACUAGUCGGCCUGAACUGUGAUCAAACCAAAAAUACUUCCCAAAAGAAAAUGCAGCGUCUACCCAUCAGCGACCCUUACCCUCUCGACAAUGCCACCACGCGGACCGGCAGUGCCCAGAGCACCUCAUCCAAGCUGCACACUUCUAUAUUUUCAAAAAAUUCCAAAUUUUCCAGCCUCCUCUCUUCAGUCAGCUGGCAUAGCAUAAUUCCACAUCGACAGGAAAAAGACGGAUAG